UGGAGCCGGAAGUAGUCGGCGCCGAGGUGCGAGUGCUGGUGCUGGUUCGGGUUCGGGCCCUGGCGCUGCCCGUGCACAACCGAUGCGUCUGGGUUAUGGGGGGAAUCAAAGUAAUCCACACCGGCUGAAGUACCGGUUGGGGUGGCAAGAAGGUUCAACAUCAGAAGAAAGCAAGAAUUUUUCGGAGAGCGAGGGCGAAGGGGGUAGUGGAUGCCACAGAGUAGACGGGUCGAAGGGCCAGGGCCAAGGCCAACGAAAGAGUGGACGGGCCGAAGGGCCAAGUGGCAACGAACGGAGUGGAAGAACUUGAGAAACAUUUUUUCGUUAAUUCUCGACUACUCCAUGCUAAUUUCUUCCUUCUCCUUAUCAAAGAUGCUUUGAUGUGGUUCAUGGCAUCCAAGUGAAGAAGGCAGAGACCCCGGGUUUUCUCGACCUUUUCUCCCUUGCUGGGUGAUGAGCCAGGUUGUGGCCGCCUCUUGCAAUCACCCUUCAAGCAGUUACUGACCAUGGCCGCAGAUUUGCAAGCCAAGUAUCAGAAACUGGCCCAGGAAUACUCCAAGCUUCGAGCUCAGAACCAAGUUCUGAAGAAAGCUGUUGUGGAUGAACAAGGUCAUGGAACAUCUUUAAAGGAGGAGCUGAAAAUGAAGGAUCAAAGUGUUAGAAAGUUGCAACAGGAAAUGGACAGCCUGACAUUCCGGAAUCAACAGCUGGCAAAGCGGGUUGCACUUCUUCAAGAGGAAUUAGUAACAACUGAGGCCAAAGUGAAGAAAAGUAAGCAGAAGGGUGCUGAUUCUCCUGCUCCACUGAAUCAGCAACGACAGAAUGUUUUCGAUGAAGAUCUGCAGAACAAGAUUGAAGAAAAUGAACGACUGCACAAGCAAGUUCAAGAAGCUCAAGAAAGACAUAAGCAAAUUGAAACUGAGCUCAGGGAACGAUUGGUGGUGCUGGAGAGGGAUGCUGUGCAGCAUCAUGAUGUGGUCGAUGGCUUGAAACAAAAAUACAUGGACGCCAAUGAAAAACUUCAAAACGACAAAGCAAAUUUAGAGGUGAAAUCGCACUCAUUGGAAAGAGAAGCAAAAGAUUGUAGACUCCGGGCGGAAGAAUGCCAACAACAACUAAAGAAUGUCCAUGCUGAUCUAAGUAAGCGAUUGGACCAGUCAACAAACAUUAUUCAAGAAAAAUUACCUUUCAAUGAUACAAGGCUUGCAGAGUACUACACGUUGGAUGUACCAUCUCAUGAUCGGAGGCAUCAGUUAAAAGCUCGUGAUGUGAGUGGACAGGCAGUAGCUUUUUGUCAAGACUUGGUUGGAGCGUUGCUGAAUUUUCAUACGUAUACAGAGCAAAGAAUUCAGAUCUAUCCCAUAGAUUCUGCAACGGAUGUUAUAUCACCUUUGAACCAAAAGUAUUCUCAAUACCUACAUGAAAAUGCUUCGUAUGUUCGUCCUCUAGAGGAAGGGAUGUUGCACUUAUUUGAAAGUGUUACUGAAGAAAGUGUUACUACACUGGAAACUGCUGUGAAGCUUAAACCAUUUUCAGAAGUCUUUACUUCUUAUGUUUGCUUUCUAAAGAAGAUUCUACCGUACCAAUUGAAAAGUUUGGAAGAAGAAUGUGAGCAUUCGCUAUGCACAGUUAACUUGCAAGCAAGGAACGUGGAACUGCAGAGUGACAUGAAAAAAUUUACUGCUAUCUUUGAAAAGCUGCAGGUUUACAUAAGUCUCCUUGCAUUACCAAGUACCAAUCCUGAAAUGUUGCUGCAGACAAACUACAAUGUAGUUUUCACACAGCUUGCUGCUUGUCUGCAUUCCUUGCAUGAUGUUAUGAAAGAUAUUUCAAAGCAUUAUAGUCAGAAGGUUUCAUUAGAGCAGGAACAACCCACCAUUACGCAGAAGCUUAAAACUACGAAUGACUGCAUUCUGUCUUCUAUUGUGGCAUUGUCGAAUGUCACUGGAAAGAUAUGCACGUUCUUCAGCAACAACUUGGACUUCUUUACAGCUCCUUCAGUGUACAGCUCAAAGAAAGGAAUGGGUGUAAUAGACCCUCUCUCAGCAGAAUGUAUGUUGCAGAAUAAGAAGAAAGCAGCUGCCUACAUAAAGUCGCUAAAGAAGUCUUGCCCAGAAUCAGUACCAUAUGAUGAGGCCUUGGCAAAUCGCAAGACCAUUUUAAGUUCCACUGAGAGCCGUGAAGGUCUUUCACAACAGGUGCAACAAAGCCAAGAGAAGAUAACAAAACUGGAGCAGGAGAAAGAGCACUGGAUGCUGGAGGCUCAGCUAGCCAAAAUAAAACUGGAGAAGGAGAAUCAGCGUAUAAAUGAUCUAGAAAAUCAAUACAGAUUUACACAUACUGGACAGAUGCCUUCAAUUGAUUCUGGACAAGCAAAUGGUUCAAACAGCACAAGUGAAGAUUUGGACUGUGUUGAAAAGGACUCCAAAGAACCCGUCAGAAGUACAAGUCUCGUUGGAAUGCUGUCCACUUACAUGAAUGACAAUGAGAUUCCAGAUGAGGAGUCGCGGGAACAUUUGAUAAAAAGUCACUACAUGAUGAGAGUGGCAGAGCUCACAUCGCAGCUUCAGAUAGCAGAUAGCAAGUCGGUGCAUUUUCAUGCAGAGUGCCGAGCCCUUGCUAAACGCUUAGCACUGGCAGAGAGAUCCAGAGAAACGUUCUCAGAAGAAUUAAAAGUUGCCAAUCACAACAUUGUCCGUUUGCAGGAUGAGCUGACUACAACAAAGAGAAGCUAUGAAGAUCAGUUGAGUAUGAUGAGUGACCAUCUUUGCAGCAUGAAUGAGACUUUAUCAAAACAAAGAGAAGAAAUUGACUCCCUUCGAAUGGGCACCAAGGGUAAUGCUAAGAAAAACAGAAGUCGAUAACAUCCAAAGCACCAUUCAGUUGGAGGCCCGUGCACAAAAGAUGCAACCACUGUUUGCUGCAGUAAUGAUUCAUGCCAAAUGAAGAAUAGUAUCACAGUUCAUUCUGGAAGAAUAGAUGUGAAAUGAUAGUGGAAAUGUAGAGCUGAGAAAUCAAAAGAAAAUUAUACCCGAAGGGAUUUUUUUGUAUAAUUCCCUAACAUUGUAUGAACAUAUUCUGACACUUCAAACAUAUCCAAAAAUAAUGUACCUAUGAAAUUUCCAUUCAAUAUGUAAUUUGUAACAAUUGCUUUUAAAUCAUUUUACUUGUGUAAAUCCAUAAAGAUGGUUUUGUACAUUGAAUUAUGUGACAAUGUGUGUGAUAAUUGUGUAACUAUUUCUUAAAUGAAAAAAUACAGCACAUUGUUCCUGGCAAGUGUUUUGAUUUCUUAAAAUGUGGAGAGCAAUUCUAACAUCCAUUUUACUCCUGCUUUUCACCCUCCGUGUUGAUAGUCUGCUCAUCUUGCUUCAUUUCUUUUCACCAAACAACGUUGUUAUGCUAUUUCGUCCCCCCAGAAAAUAUGAGUGCAGAAAUCUAUUCACUGAAAUGUAUGUUAAUGGAGAAGUAAUCAAUAAAAAAGAACACUGCACUGCA